AUGUUAUCGCAAAGAUCGGGGAGAGCAAAGCUCGACGACGUCACUAGAAUACUUUCCGAGUUGAAAGCCGACCUAGACGCGAAGAAGCUGUCUACUGAGCAAAGACGACAACUACUCGAACAGCUCAAAGUCUACGGCCGUUCAGUCGAAAACUCCGAUCCCAUAUUCACGGAAGAUGGCCUUCGGACACUAGGACGCCAUGCAUUUGAUGGAGAGACUACCCCUGCGUCACAGGAGGCUCUUCGAUGCAUAGCGAACGCUCUCCUCCUCCAGCCCAAGACUCGCCAGAUACUUGUUGAUCUAGGCCAUGGCCCACAUGCAGCGGAGAAGUUGAAGGAAGAUAGUGUCGACACCGAGUUCCUCGUCUCCCGAAUCCUCUUCCUCACGACAUACAAUGCGACCCUCGACUACGCACAACUCGUCCGCGAAAAUCAGUUAGCCGACAGCAUCAACAAGACCAUCGCAAAGCAUGCAAGACGAUACUCCAAGUCUGCGCCACGAAGAAAUGAGCAGCCUAUGGAAGCCAUGGCACUCUCCGAAACGCUCAAGCUCGUCUUCAACAUCAUACACCAUAACCAAGACCUCGCUCCACUCUUCAACACCUCAAUACCGAACGUCUUUAAGAUACUAGUGCGGAGAGGGAUACCAUCACCGCCACUAUCCGGUCCAACAAGGGAAUUAGUCAACAUCCUCCUCCACCUAGACAUUGAAAAUGAACAAGGCCUAGAAGCCCUCUUCCCAGCCUUCGACCGCGAGGUCAACAUACGCCACCUGAUCAAGAUCCUCGACCAAGCGCUCAUCGUCUACCCACCCAAAGAACUCGAUGAAGCCGUCACCCCCCUGCUGACACUCAUCCAUCGCAUCUACACGACCGCGCCAGCAGAAAUCGCCAGCACAGCGGAAAAGCUUCUCCUCCCCACAACCGAAGAGCGUGACCGGCCCCUCGGAAAAUCAGACACGCUAUCUUCUCGACUGCUCAACCUUUCUACUUCGGCAAUGACACCCUCGCUACGCAACGGCAUCUCUUUACUGUUGUGGAAACUCUCGCAUGAAGAUCCAGCGACGUUUGUGCAUAACGUCGGCUAUGGCUUUGCCUCGGGUUUCCUCAUGUCGAAUAAUAUUCAGAUGCCGGAAGCAUUAGUUAAGGAGCAUGCGCCGGAGGGGGCGGAGGAAGGUAUACCUAUUAACCCGAUCACGGGACAGAGGCUGGAUAAGGAGGAACACGUACAGAUGGAACCGAUGACGCAGGAGGAGAAGGAGAGAGAGGCGGAGCGACUUUUUGUGCUAUUCGAAAGGUUAAAAGCGACUGGUGUUAUGGACGUCCAGAACCCUGUCGAAGCGGCCUAUCGCUCGGGAAGGAUUGAAGAGUUGCCAGAUGAUUCGGACUAA